AGCGCCCGAACCAUCGCAGCACAUUGCCGCAAGCCAACGUCUGCCAGAUGGGCCGAUAUAAAUCUAGAUCAACUUGUGAUCUAGCCCAUGGUUAACCCAAGUACCGGAUUUCAAGAGGCCGAACCAAAGUUGAGAUUGGUGCCGAGAUGGGCGAGGUAGUGCGGCUAUCUCAUUGGAUUCAGAACUCAAGACAUGGAAAACAGCUGGCUUCCUAUGAACCUCCUUCUUCCUCCAACCAAGUACCAAUGUAUUCGAAUGGGUGAUCUAUGAGACUUCGAUUUUCAUAUCCUCCCCGGCAGCCUCCACUAGAUCGUCCAUGCCGCCAACCUGUGUUGGUCCGCUUGCGCCUUCGGGCGGCAUGGCCCAGGCUGGCAGCGGGCUCACAUAACUCCAGGACCCAUCGGCAUCCUCGUACCGGAGACUGUGCAGCCACAGACAGAGCUCCUGGCUGCCUGGAUCGGUAUACAACGGGGUUUUGCAAACAUCGCAAAGCUGGCCCGACAUCCUUUCCGCCUUCUUCUUGUGAUACACAUCCACCAUCUCGUCAUAGUACGCCACAGCGUCCGCAACCUGUUCCUUUCCCAUCCGUGCCAGGCGGGAAAGAACAUCCUCAUCGGUAUUCAGGGUUGCUUCGGCAUCAUUGCGCCCCAGGUCGAAGCCCCAAACCUUCUGGUUGGCAUAGAUUGGAUCGUUCUGUACAGGAUGACCUAGAAACUGUAGGUGAACCCGAAUUUGAUGUGUUCUGCCUGUGACGGGCAAGCAGCGGACAAUCGAAUAUCCCUCGGUUUCUCUAGUGAACUGGUCUCCGGGACCGCCUGUCUCUGCCUCAUCCGGCGACGGGCUGUUGCUGGGACUAGGUUUGAUGAUGGGCGACGGAUAGUAAGCAAGGCGCUUGAAGACAGUCUUCGCAGACUUGCCAUUAGCUCGGACCCGGUUCAAGCCCAGUUUUGGAGAAAUUUGAAGGAUCGGCUGGUCGCAGACAACCUCGCCAUCAGGAAAUCGACCGACCACACGGGCAAGAUAUUCUUUCCGAACACUGCGUCUGAAGAUCUGGGCACUAAGACUUUCGGCAGCUUUGGCCGUCUUGGCAAUAAACAUGAUGCCGCUGGUCAGCCUGUCGAGCCUGUUGCAUGGUCGGGGCGCAAAGGUCGGCCCCCUCUCGGCCUUCAUAAUCUCCACCACCGAGUUGUAAUGGUAUCGACCGGCAGGGUGUACUGGCACGCCCGAGGGCUUGUUGAUCACGAUCAUGUCGUCGUCUUCGUGGAUGACCUGCACGGGAUCUUGUGUAACGGGAGGCUCGUGUCGAUGUGUGGUAUGCGAAACCAGGUCGCCGUUCACCAUCACAUAAUCCGGGCUCACGAUUUUGCCGUUGACCGCGACUUGACCAGACUCCAUCGCCGCACGGUAAUACUCGACCGAUCGCUCGCGAAACUCGCUUUCAAACACUUCAAUGAUUUUUCUUCCUCGCCAUCGCUCCUUGCACCAGGUGUUAUAUGUGUAGAAAUAAGGGGCCACCCGUCGAAGACCAUCUUUGAAGAAGUAUGGAUGUGGAGGGCCCAGCGAGGCUGAAGGCUCGGGUUGCGAGAUCAAGCUUGGCUCGGUAUAACUGAUGGCGCCAGUAGAUUCUACGACUUUGUUGUUCUCAGCGACGACAGCAGUCAGCGGUUGUGACGGUGCACCAGGCAGGAGGAUGGAGGCGGUCAUCGUGCGGGCGAGGGUUGCAAGUGUAGACGUUCUUCUUAACAGGGCAUCGCCGGCCAACAUCAGCGCUCCAUCAAGCAGAAACUCUCGGAGGUCUGAGGGUCGAUAGCCAAGUGUUGGUGAGUUGUGGUGGGGUUCGUGGGAGACUUGGAGAUUCACGCUUGAUUGGAUGAGAGGUUCACCUGUUCAGAUGCUGAACAUGACGGAAAAAAACAGGCGGUCGGAAGUGGCAGUAUUUGACAGGUUCCAACCUGCAGGGUUACCCCACAGUCUUGGCUGCAGCGAACCUCGGCUCUUUCCGCAGCUAUAUUCGAGCCGUCAGCAACAAUGAAAUUCCUCUUUCCUCACUUCUUGCCUCGUGCUUGUCUUUCGAAGCGAGGGUGUUUAUCCCCUUUCCUGCCGCUGCAAUGUCAGACAUCAGCCGUCUCAAAAGCAGAACGAGGGCCGACUAUCGGUACAUUCUGGAAUAUCGCACACGAUGGAGCGAUAACGAUAUGUACGAUCACAUGAACAACUCCAUUUACAACUUCCUUUACGACUCGGUUAUCAAUACUUACCUGAUGGAAAACUGUGGCCUCCAUCCCCCCUCAUCUCCGCAAUAUGGCAUGGUUGUACAUUCACACAACGACUACUUUGCUUCAAUUUCGUUUCCUGCCUGCGCUGAGUUGGCCCUGCGAGUAAACCGCAUAGGAAAUUCCAGUGUGGCAUAUGAAAUAGCUCUGUUUGAAAAGGGGCACGAUGCGGUUCGAUCUGUGGGCGAGUUUGUUCAAGUCUUUGUCGACCGCGAGACAGGGAGGCCAAAUGCAAAGGGGAUGAACCCAGAGCUACGCCGGGGAUUGGAGAAUCUGCUAGUGAAUCGAGAAGCAAGUAAACUUUGAAAGGGGGGCGAGUAUGUAUACAAGAUAAUACGUUUGGCUUCACAAGUUGACUAGAAUAUAUAUACUUGUGACAACCAUCUGGAUCGAAACUUG